AUGUGGGACUGGGCGCCGCCAUCACAAGCAGUGGUGGAGGUUAGGCUGGCCGACUGCGACCACCCUAUCCGCGAUAAAGUGCCGGGCACAGUGUCGGACGGGCAUGUCGGUGCCGGCGUGCUUUCCGCGACGUCGUUCGGGUGGGUAGCAAAACAGAUCGACCAUCUGACAGGCGAGAAGGGUCGUCGUGGGGUGAGCAUCGAGAGCAUCGGGAUGAAGGGGCUGAAGGCUUUGCGCGACAGCAUGGUUGAGUACGUCGGCAAGGUCAUUGCCGUAAAACGCACCGCGACGCCGACUUCUCAAGCCGCCGGACCCGCCGACAAUGCCAUAGAUGACGACGUCGCGGAAGGACAGAAGGCGCCCCAAGGUGCAGUUGCCGCCCAGCAUCAUGGGAACGCGAGGGUGCAUGGGGAAGGUGGAAACGGUGGAGGAGGCGACGCAGAAGCAGGUGCAGGAAGGUCGGAAACGGAGAAGUCGUCGUCGUCGUCGUCGGAGUCGGAGUCGGAGUCGGAGGAGGAAGACGAGGCGGUGAAGCGUAAGGACGAGGAGGAGUAUGAGGAGGAGGAGGAGGAGAAUAAGGACGAGAAUGGUGAGAAGUGGGAGGGAGGGAAGGAUGAGGAGGGGGGGGAUGAAGAGGUGGAGUUCGUGGUGGAGUAUGUAGAGGGUACGGUUGAGGCGGGAGCGGCGGAAGAGGCGGUGGGGUCGGCAGAUCAGGGGAAUGAGGAAGAGAAGGAUGACGGCGCGGGAAAUGCUACGAGGUCGGCAGAUGUGGGGAAGGAGAAGGGCGAGGUCGGCGUGGAGGCACCUGGAAAUGGCCAGGAUGAGGCGGCCUGCGAAGGAGGUGGGAAGGUGUCGGUCGACGCCGGCGAAGGGCCGAACAACACGGGCGAGCAGGAGGCCGGGGAAGCACCUGGUCGGCAGGGCCCAGAACUGGACGACGUCGAGGUUCUGCGACGGGAAAACUGGUUGUUGCGGGCGGAGAACGCUCGGCUGGCGUCGUUGCUCGAUGCGAAGCGGUCCCAGCUGGACAGUUUUUUUGUUGGGGUCAGUCGACUCGUCGACCACGUUAAAGGGUUGGCCGAGCAGGUCGACGACACCGACAAGUAUGCCGCGGAACAGCUGCGAAACGCGACGGAGGCCAUGUCGAAGACCAUCACGGGCAACAUCUCCGGCAGCUUUGACGAAGCGUGGAAGUCGAUGAAGACUUUCGCGGAACAUGCGACGGAGUGGUUGGAGGACUUUGACAAUCCGGAGGGUCGUGUCGCGUAUGCACGAGCGUUAGCGGUCUCCUCCUUGGCCGAACACGUGGAUUCGGUGGUGGGCGAUGCGAAGAAGGGGUUGGAAGAGUACAUCUCGAACCACCUUGCCUCCGCGCAGGUCAACAUCGCCACCGCUUUGACCGCCAGGCUCGCCGUGCCGCCGCCGCCACCGCCUCAUCCCACGCCGCCCGCCAUCCCAGAAGAGCUUUUGAAGUCGUUCAAGGCCGACAUCCUGAAGGCGGUGACGGAGGCCACCCAACAGUCUUUUGUUGUUUCCGGGAUGAAGAUGAUGACAGAGAUGAUCGGCACUGUGGCGCCUGGUCGUCGUGGGUCGUCGCCUUCGGCCAAUGACGCCGAUAACGCGCAAAGAAAAACGGCCGAGAAGCAGGGCCAUAAGAGGACGGGCGACGGAGACGACAAGGAGAGCUCGAAGCGGAGCAAGGGAUCGGACGGUAGUUUCGGGUCGAAGCCUGCGCAAAAAAGCGUGGUCUGUCAGAUUAUUAUAGCUGAUGCAUGUUUGUAG